ACAGAUGUUUUACCCAUAUAAACAACUAGUCCUGUUGUAUUAAGGACAUAGAAUUACCAAAAAUUUCUAGUUUCCAUGUGUAUUGUAGAGGUAUAACAAUGUUUAUGUUUCAACAUUUUUUUUUGUUUGGCUUUGUAGAACAUGGCACAACUUGAACCAGGUCCCAUUUGCAAUUCUGUUCUUAACCGACAACAGCUUCAUAGAUCUACUCGAGUUUGGGAAGGAUCUCGUCGAAUAAAUAAAUCCUUAAAGUGUUGCAGAUAUGAUAGUUCAUUUUGGAGCGCAAAAAACGAAUUUGAUGAUAGGGUUAUGACAUACAUUCAACUGGCAGGUUUUGAUGGGUUGUCGAGAUUGGAAAGGAUACAUUUGGAUUGGUCUUUGAUCACUGCAAUGGUGGAGAGAUGGCGCCCAGAAACUCAUUGUUUCCAACUUCCAUUUGGGGAAGUCACCAUCACAUUGCAAGAUGUGGAGAUUCUUUUAGGACUGCGCAUUGAUGGCAUGCCAGUGACAACUGUCCAAAUGAGAACAAAAGAUGAAUGGUCUGACAUAUGUCAUGACCUCCUCGGCAUUAGGCCUAACAGUAACUCAAUUUCCGGGAGCUCUCGUUUGGUAAUGACAUGUCUAAAGAACCCGACACCACUAACAGAGCAUUCAACUGAUGAAGACGUGCAACGCAUGGCCCGACUACAUAUCAUGCAAUUACUAGGUGGAACGUUAUUUCCUGACAAGUCAAACAACAUGGUGAGACUAUGUUUCUUAGACCACAUCAGAGAUUUGCGUAGUGCCAACAACUACAGUUGGGGAAGUGCUGUUCUUGCUUUUUUGUAUCGAAGCAUGUGCAGGGCAGCCAUGGGUAAUGCUAAUCAAAUUAGCGGUGCACUCAUUCUUCUUCAAUUGUGGGUUUGGGAGCGUAUCACCUUAUUCUCUCCGAACAUACACUCCCUCCCUCAGGACCUAAUAGAUCGACCUAGAGCUGCCAGGUGGUGUACUUCUAAAGAAUUUGGCGAUGUAGCCAGUCAUGUAUUAAAAGUUUACAGGGAUCAACUUGACAAUAUGAAAGAGGACAGUCAUGUAUGUACCAAGAUACUUAUAUUCUAAUACACACAGUACUGAAACAUGCAAACCACUUAAUGUAUUAAUAAUUCAAUUGCAUUUUUGAGUGCAGUUUAAAUGGAGACCAUAUGAAAACGAGUUGGAUGAGUUACCAGAUUAUUGCAAAGCAGGGAAGCACGUCUGGAUGACGAAGUCUCCUCUGAUCAUGUAUGAGAUUGUAGAGUGGCACUUACCAGACAGAGUUCUCCGCCAGUUUGGGAAGUUCAAGCAGCCGCCCCCGGCCAACUUUGACACCGGAGUAGACUUGCACAAGAUUGAUGGGAGAGGGAAAAGGGGCACAGACUGGAGCACUAGGCACAUGAAAUACUUGUUUGAAUGGGAAAGCCGCGAAGAAAAUGUCGUGAAUGCGGUGGCUGAUGAUGAUAAUGACCAAACGUGGUUAGAAGAAUACGAGAGAUGGUAUAGCUUGAUUGCACGUCGUGUCAUUACCAACCCAGUCCACCGUCCUGAAAGAGGAUUCAUGCCUUUAGCGUCAAAGCUAGAACACUUGGUGAGGGUUACGCAUAAGAUAAGUGGGAUGGCCAGAGAGGGUUUGGAGAAAGCUGGAAAUGCAGGUGAAGGCUAUGCUGCCAUUAAGGAAGCGUGUGUUAAAGCUUUGACCCUCAUAGGGGAAGAUAGGAGAGUUGAAAUUCAACCCAAUGAUGACAUCCGGCCACAGGAUGAUGAUGAUAAUGGUGGUGGUGCUCCGCCAAGGCGUGAUGCUCGCCGUGAGCGGCGCAGAGAGCCGGGCAACGACCCCCGGCCUAGAAGAGGUGGGAGGAGGAAGAAGGUUAGAGUGGAUGAAGGUGGUGGUGCACCUCAGAAUUGA